AUGAGUGAGAAUUAUAUGGAUGGCCUAGCCAUGGAGGAGGACGAGGGUUUGUUUGUAAAUUUUUCCUUGAUUCAGACUCCACGUGCGGUGCUCUUUAUCAUUCAAUCCAUAAAGACAGUGGUGGCCGGAGGUGGGGGCCCAGUCUUCCAAGUCAAAAAACCUAGCUCAGAGGUUCAUUGGUUCAACCAAAAAAAAAGAUGA